AUGGCCGCACCAGUAUCUCUGCCAUCCAUCCAAGAUCCUCACAGCGCAUACGGCCAGCCUGCCUAUGCGAGGUCAUACCCGCCGCAUCCUGACCCGCGAGGCGAUCCACGUGCCAGCAGCUACAAUGCCUCUCCUAACUCUGUGAACGGAUAUCCUCCGCCGCAGCCGGGCGCUCACCAACAGUUGCCACCCCUGCAGCCUCAAGGAGGCGAUCCGAGAUCUCCAGGCUACCCACCACCGCCUGAAUCGAGAGAUGAUUUCUACAGGAGACAGCAGCAACAGGCUCCUCCUCAGCAGUAUGACCCCUACUACCAGGACCAUUACAAUCGCCAGGGUCCUCCGCCCCCGGGUCGUUAUCCCGACUACCCUCCGCCUGGUCCGGGUGCUCCGAGAUACGACUACGGUCCCCCGGGCCCGCCAAGGUACGAGUAUGGUCCGGGAGGCCCAAAUAUGCAACAAGCAGCUCCGAGACAGCGAACUUCCAUUGCAUGCAGAUACUGCCGCAAAAGAAAGAUUCGCUGCAGUGGCUACCAAAGCGCACCUGGCGGCAAAUGCGUGAACUGCAGCAGGAUGAACCAGGAAUGUAUCUUCCAGCCUGUGUCUUCGUCUAGCUCGACCGCCUUCGUUCCGGUAUCUGCUCUUCAAGGUGGUAUUCCUCCCGGCACACCACUCUACGGAGCUUACGGUCAACCACUGCCUCAGGGCUCGCUACCUCCGCCACCUGCUCAGGGAUACGCUCCUCAGCCAGGCAACGGGGGCUAUUACCCACAACAGGCCCUGCCCUCGCCGACAGGCGGUUACUCACCCUACGAUGCGCAGCGAGGCAGAAGGCGUCCAAGGGAUGACGAGGGUGAUGAGCAGCUUCGACCCCCACCACCUGACCCCAAUUCGGCAGAUGAUCCUCGCCGACGAUCUCCGGCAUCAAGCUCGAACCACAGCAGUCCGGGUUACAUGAACUAUCAGCCACCUGGGCCCGGUGGAUACGACCCGAGAGCACCUCCGGCCAGACACAGCCCAGUACAGCCGUCUUCGGCUCCUUCGCAGCCCACGGGCGACGAACGUGCGGCAGCCGCAAUUCAGCGCCAGAGCAAUUCAUCAACCCCUGCCGCAUCCUCAAGCUCUGUCAUGAGCCUGAACAAUUUGGUGGACAACCCUGCGCCUCAUGACAUUGAUAGAAACAUGUUGGGACGGUUGAACAGACCACCUCCCAGGAGGUAA